UAAAAUUUUUGAAAGCGAACAAUUUUUUUUCCUGUUAGGACAACACAUAAAAUCUCGACAGGCUACCCUCCCCACUACUUAACUUACUUCCUUUUCCAACUUCUUCUUUUCAUUACACCUUUCCCUUCCUUUUUUAAAACCUCUCUUUUCUUGAAGAGUGAUCAUCUGAGACUCUCCAGCUCAGUUUUCUCUCCUCUUGCGCCGAAGGAGAUAUUUAGUUUUUGCCAAAGUUUCUGGCUUAGACUUUGUUUUUACUAGACAGGCGAGCCACGAUAGAGUAGAUUUCUGAUCUCUUCUGUCAGCCCUGUCAGAAGCAAAAAGUCUACACAGGUUUUAGGCGAUAAAAGAAGGUCUACUAGAUUUACUUGUCUUUAGACAUCUUCCUACUUCUCUCCACUCUCACCCAUUCCGAUUCUCGCGACCGAAAAAAAGGAUAGGCGAGAUAAUCCGACACUUACGAGUUGGAAUAUUACCCCUCCACCGACUCAGUAUUCUUUGAUCAUCGAAUACUUAAUAAUCCACAAAUAAAAGCAAUCACCAUGUCGACUGCUCAAGAGAAUGCGCAAUCCAUCAAGGUCUUAGAUGACCUGAUGCAGAAGCUCAACCUAUCUAAGGAUGCUGCAGCCUCGAAAGAUGCUGCGCAUUCCCUUGCAUCUUUCAUCAACGGUCGCAUCGAGGACCAGGAAGCCCCCACCAGAACCGUUGAGGCCCUGAAGAAACAGAUCACCAACAAGAAGGAUGCGAAUGCUCGUGAAAAGGCGGCCAAUGCUAUUCAAGCCAUUGCCCAACAUUCGGAGAUCGCCCCCAAUGUCGAACCCUACUUCAUCCUUUUACUGCCUUUGACCUUGGCCGCCAUUGGUGACAAGAUCACUGGUGUAAAGAAUGCUGCUAUUGCGGCUUCCACUGCCAUCGUUGAGGCCGUCAACCCCAAUGCUGCCAAGGCUAUCCUCCCCGUCAUCAUCAACUCCAUAUUGACGGCCCAGAAAUGGCCCGAGAAGAUCACCGCUCUCGAAUGUAUCGACAUUCUUGUCCGAACUGCCCCUGCGCAGUUGGCUUUCCGUGUCCCCGAGCUGAUUCCUGUUGUCUCGGAGUCUAUGUGGGAUACCAAGAAGGAAGUCAAGGAGCGUGCCUACAAGACCAUGGAGAAGCUUUGCGAGUUGAUUGUCAACAGGGAUAUCGAGCGUUUCAUUCCCGAGCUCAUCAAAUGUAUUGCCAAGCCUGAGAAUGUUCCUGAGACUGUCCACUUGUUGGGUGCCACCACCUUCGUUACCGAGGUUCAGGAGCCUACCCUUGCUUUGAUGGUUCCUCUGCUAGAUCGUGGUCUUGCUGAGCGAGACACUGCCAUCAAGCGUAAGACAGCCGUCAUUGUCGACAACAUGUGCAAGCUCGUCGACGACCCCAACAUCGUCGCUCCUUUCUUGCCCAAGAUGAUGCCAGGUCUCCAGAAGAACUUCGACAACUUGGCCGAUCCCGAAGCGCGUGAGAAGACCAAGCAGGCUCUCGACACCCUCGUCCGCGUGGGUGACGUCAAAGAUGGAAAGAUCCCCGAGGCUCGUCACGAUGGUGACAUGUCAACCGUUCUUAGCCACUUGACGGCUGCCAUCCCCAGCAAGCACGCCAAGACCGCUGAAAAGCUCACUCCAGUUAUGCAGUACAUCGCUGCCAUUGGUGGCCAACUCGUUGACGAGAAGGAGACCGAACCGUCCACAUGGGCAAUUGCUAUUAAGCCCUUUGUCACUGUCAUCGUUGGUGACGUUGACGCUGAGAAGGUUGUCGAGACCCUGCGAAAGCGCGCUUCUUCUGGCAGUGAAGACGAAGCAGCAGAGGAGGCCGAAGACGACGAUGGCGAAGACCUUUGCAACUGCACAUUCUCCCUUGCAUACGGUGCCAAGAUUCUACUUAACCAGACCCAUCUCCGUCUGAAGCGUGGUCGUCGCUACGGUCUUUGCGGUCCCAACGGAUCCGGUAAAUCAACCCUCAUGCGAGCAAUCAAUAACGAGCAAGUCGAGGGUUUCCCUAAACAGAGCGAAGUCAAGACGGUGUUUGUUGAGCACGAUCUCGACUCUGCUGAUACGGAGAUGACAACGAUUGACUGGACAAUGAAGAAGCUUGCUGAAGCUGGCGUAACUACCUCGCAAGCUGAUGUCGAAAAGCGUCUUGAAGAGUUCGGAUUCAAUUCCGCCAUGACCAAGGGUGAAAUUACUGCGCUAUCUGGUGGUUGGAAGAUGAAGCUGGCUUUGUGCCGUGCUGUCUUUGAAGCCCCUGAUAUUUUGCUUCUUGACGAGCCCACCAAUCAUUUGGACGUGAAGAACGUCAAGUGGCUCGAAGACUAUCUGAUGAACUCCCCUUGCACUUCUAUCAUUGUUUCUCACGACAGUGGAUUCCUCGACAACGUCACACAGUACAUUAUUCACUACGAGCGAUUUAAGCUCAAGAAGUACAAGGGUAACUUGAAGGAAUUUGUUCGCAAGAACCCGAGUGCCAAGUCAUACUAUGAACUGGGAGAAUCCGAGAUGGAAUUCAGCUUCCCGGAGCCCGGUUUCCUUGAGGGUGUCAAGACUAAGGCCAAGGCUAUCCUGCGUGCUACCAGAAUGAGCUUCCAAUACCAGGGAACCCCAGCUCCUCAGCUCACCGAUAUUUCCUUCCAGUGCUCUCUUGGUUCUCGUAUUGCCGUCAUCGGUCCCAACGGUGCUGGCAAGUCUACUCUCAUCAACGUGCUCACUGGUGAGCUCAUCCCCACUGGUGGUGAAAUUUACCAGCACGAGAACAUUCGUAUCGCCUACAUCAAGCAACAUGCUUUCGCGCAUAUCGAUAACCAUCUCGACAAGACGCCUUCCGAAUACAUCCAAUGGCGUUUCCAGACUGGUGAGGAUCGUGAGACGAUGGACCGUGCCAACAAAAUCAUCACCGAGGAUGAUGAGAAGGCCAUGGACAAGAUCUUCAAGGUCGAAGGUUCUCAACGACGAAUCAUUGGCAUCCACAGCCGUAGAAAGUUCAAGAACAGUUACGAGUACGAGUGCUCAUACGCACUUGGUGAGAACAUUGGCAUGAAGAACGAGCGCUGGGUCCCCAUGAUGACUGCUGACAACACUUGGCUUCCACGAACCGAACUUCUCGGAUCGCAUCAAAAGAUGGUUGCCGAGGUUGAUAUGAGGGAAGCGCUUGCUUCUGGUCAGUUCCGUCCUUUGGUUCGAAAGGAGAUCGAAGUGCACUGCGCCAACUUUGGCCUUGAUGCUGAACUUGUCUCCCAUUCGCGUAUGCGUGGUCUCUCAGGUGGUCAGCGUGUCAAGGUUGUCCUUGCCGCUUGCUCGUGGCAGCGACCUCACUUGAUCGUCUUGGACGAGCCUACCAACUAUCUCGAUCGUGACUCUCUCGGAGCUUUGUCCAAGGCUCUCAAGAAGUUCGAGGGUGGUGUCAUCAUCAUCACGCACAGUGCCGAGUUCACCAAGGAUUUGACGGAAGAAGUUUGGGCUGUCAUGGAUGGCAAGAUGACGCCUUCAGGCCACAACUGGGUCCAAGGACAAGGUGCCGGCCCCAGACUGAAGGGUGAUGGUGACGAUGAGGAAGAGAAGUUCGACGCCAUGGGCAAUAAGAUAGUAUCCACGAAGAAGAAGGCUAAGUUGACGAGCUCUGAGGCCAGGAAGAAGAAGAAGGAACGUAUGGCCCGCCGAAAGCGUGGAGAGGAGGUCUUCUCCGACGAGGAUGACUGAUCGACUCGCCUAUGGGUUACCGUUAUGAACAAUAUGGAUUCAUGAAAAACGAACAAAUUAUUCCCUUUUGUCUGGUGUGGACAGAAAAGUUGGGAGUCGCAUGGUUAGGCAUCAUUUCUUAGUUUCUCGAGCACUAUGUUUCAUCGUCAUGGUCGAUUAGACUAGGAAAAGAACGAUACUCUCUGGAUUGGAGACCCAGGGGUUGCUUUUCGGCAUAUUGUCGACUACCUAUGAGGAUACCAUAGAUAGACCCAGCAGGUCACCGAAUAGACUAUUGCCUUUUUUUUUUU